GCACCGUGGAACUUUCACUCACCAGCAUUAUUACGCGCGGCUCCAAAUGCGCAGCCAGCAAAAGCCAGCGACCGCAGGCUGGGGAUCACCUGACUGGAUUCUAGCACUUUCCAAAAACAACCAAGACGACGACUUGACGACCUAGAACAGAACAACAAUAAUAUUAUUAAUAAUAAUAAUAUUAAUAAUUGGGGUAACAAUGCGCGUAGUUAAACAGCUGCGUUAAGGUGCGCGUUCACAGCAAGGAACAAAAAAAACAUCAUUUGGUGCGGAGAAAAUGGACCUUUGGGGGGUUUUUCUGCUCCACCUCACAACUUCAGCUCUGUUUGAGGUCAUACUGGCCGGCAGGGACUGCUUGAUGGCCGGAGACUCCUGUUCGAGCGACGACAGCUGCAGUCCGCGCCUUCGCACGCUUCGCCAGUGCGUGGCGGGCAAUGGCAGUAUGAAGCUGGGCCCUGGCGCCAGGAGCCAGUGCGCCAACGCAGUGUCGGCCCUGCUGGCCAGCCCAUUGCACGGCUGCCAGUGCAAAAGGGGCAUGAAAAAGGAGAAGAACUGCCUAAGCAUCUACUGGAGCCUUCACCAGUCCGCCAUUCAUGGCCUCAACUUGGUGGAGAGUUAUCCCUACGAGACGGUGCAGAGGGAUUACGACUACGUCCGCUUGGCCUCCAUCACAGCAGACUCAGACGUCGGCAUAUCAACGGUGAACCGCUGUCUCGACGCAGCCAAGGCUUGCAACGUGGACGACCUGUGCCAGAAGUUCCGCACGGACUACGUCUCGGCCUGCAUCAGACCCACCGCUAAAUCCGGCCUAUGCAACCGGGCCAAAUGCAACAAGGCCCUGCGCAGGUUCUUUGACCGCGUCCCGGCCGACUACACCCACGAGCUCCUCUUUUGCCCCUGCACGGACACGGCCUGCGCGGAACGACGACGGCAGACCGUCGUGCCCAGCUGCUCAUACGAAAGCGCGGAGAAGCCCAGCUGUGUUACGCAGAGGAGGAUCUGUGAGGCUGACUAUGUCUGCAGGUCUCGCCUGGCACAGUUUCAGUACGACUGCGAGCCCUCUGAAGAGUCCGCCAGCGGUUGCAAGCAAAGAAACUAUGGAGCUUGCCUCCUCGCCUACACGGGCCUCAUCGGAAGUACCAUAACGCCCAACUACAUCGACAACGCCACAUCCAGCGUGGCGCCAUUUUGCUCCUGCGUGGCCAGCGGCAACCAGAGGCAAGAAUGCGAGGACUUCCUGGGCUACUUCACACACAACAUCUGUCUCAGGAACGCCCUCCAGGCGUUUGGAAGUCAAUCUGACCGGCGGCCUACACCGGGCCCUUCCGGUGCAACAAGCCGAGAAAGCCGGAGCACAACCUCCCCACCCGAAAUCAUAGUAACCGUGCGGAACAUUCUGGAUGCAAAAAUACCCACGCAGGCCAUAGGAAAUGAACUCCUGGUCGCCCAUUCUACCUUGCCGUCCAACGGCCUUCCGAAUUCGGCGUGCCCUCUCCAGCUCUUGCCUCCGGCGGCCGUCAGCUUUCUGUUGUUUCGCUUGCUCGACGGCGGACACUAAAGACCGCGAGGGUGUGCACCCCCCCUUGGAAUGGAGGCAGUUCGCGGACCAUGCAGCUACUCCAUCCCUCAUGAAAAUGUACAGUGAUUCUAUUUUUGUGUCUAGGUAGCGGAACGGACGCUUAACCCCCGAAGAGAAUACAUUUGUGCACAGUUGAUGCCAAAAAGGAGCGCCGAGCGAGCUCUGGGCUUCUGUGCGCUUUUUUUCCAGUCAACGUGAACCUAUAACACAGCUGUGUCCAUGUGUGUGUGUGUGUGUGUGUGUGUGUGCGUGUGUGUGUGAUACAAUGAAGUGAAGUAUGUGAGUAGCUGAGGGCAUCAACAGGAGCUCUUGUGUGGAACAUUGUGAGUCAGUGUUUAGAGAGCAUGAGGCUUUAAUAGCACUCUCCUCAAGUGACUGCAAGAGGACCAUUAUUUCUGAUCGAUACGGGGGGA